GGUCAAGGUCCAUUGAUGGGAUCAACAGAGGUCUGCCUCAUAUCCCCACACAGGAUUCUCUGGCUCCAGAACAAGAAGCUCAUCCCCGGGAUGUGACAGAAUGGACACCAAGGACUGGGCAAUAGGAAUGAUCUUUUUGUUACAGACCACAGCUGGCCUCCUGGGGAAUUGCUCUCUCCUCUACCAUUUUCUCUUCCUUUACCUCACAGGAGGCACAUCCAGGUCCACAGAUCUGAUUCUCAAGCACAUGACUUUGGCCAACCUCUUAGUUCUGCUCUCCAAGGGAAUCCCUGAAACACUGGCAGCUUUGGGGUCAAAACACUUCCUCGAUGAUUUUGGAUGCAAACUUCUUUUUUACAUUCACAGAGUGAGUAGAGGUGUGUCCAUUGGCACCACCUGCAUCUUGAGUGUCUUUCAGGUGAUCAUGAUCAGUCCCAGGGACUCCAGGUGGGCACAGCUUCAGGGAAAAGCUCCCAGGUACCUGGGCACCUUCAGUAUCCUCUGCUGGGUCUUGAACAUGAUGCUCAAUAUUUUUACUCCUUUUUAUACAACUGACAGAUGGAACGAGACGAGCAGAACAAAGUAUAUAGAUCAUUCCUACUGUUACUCAGUGGUUUACAUCCAAAACACAGAGACCGUCUAUGUGCCAUUUGUAUUAUUCCAUGAUGGUUUCCGUUUGGGGCUGAUGGUCUGGACCAGUGGUUCCAUGGUUCUUUUCCUGCACAGGCACAAGCAGCGGGUCCGAUACAUUCACGGGAAAGUUCAGCCUGCUAGACCCUCCCCUGAGACCACAGCUACCAAGAGCAUCCUUGUCCUGGUGUGCUUCUUUGUUUCUUUGUGGACGCUCUCCACUAGCAUUCACAGUUGUCUUUCAGUAUUUUGUAAUCCCAGUUUCUGGCUGAAGGUCACUUCCAAACUAAUUGCUGCAUGUUUCCCAUCUGUAAGCCCCUACAUUCUCAUGAGACAGGACUCCAGAAUAUGCAGGUUCUGCUUUGCUUAG